AUGCGAUUUUCAAGGCACGACAACUGCUUGUGGAAGAAAAAAUGUGGGACUAUCGAUGAAAACUUCGAGAUAUCCGGAAGAGUGGCAAUGGGAGACAACGCUCAAUACGGAGAUUUUCCUUGGGUUGUCAACCUAAGAUUUUUGAGCCGUAAUGGGUUGCUUCUAUUCUGUUCUGGGAGCAUCAUAAAUUCUUAUUGGAUUCUCACAGCUGCUCAUUGUUUCGACGUGCCUUUUAUCAAGGAUGAAUUAAUUAACGACAUGAAAGAAAGUGCGGCGAAGGGAAUGGAAAAAUUUUACAGAAAAUUCAGGGUUUACGUAGGAGACUAUGUUACGUCUAGGCGCGAUAAGAACGAAGUCAUGCAUCAAGUUUCUCAGAUAUUGCUGCAUUCUAAAUAUUCGGUCCUUCGUGAUAAGAACAUUUCGUUGGAUCGCAUACCCGAGAGUGUAAGAGAACCUUUGGUUAACAACGAUAUAGCCUUGGUCAAGGUUUCGCAAGUCAUUAAUUUUAAUCGAUACGUUAAGCCUAUAUGCGUAUCCUUUAAAAAUGACACCGGGAUCGAUGAUGUAUUCAUAACUGAGAAGAUUUGUCAAAUCGCCGGUUGGGGUGGAACCUCUACCAUGGAAAAAAGCGAUGUAUUGCAAGCGGCUUUCAUUCCUUUUUUGUCACCUAGAAUUUGUGAAAAUACUUACAAAACGUUAUUCGAUAAAGUUCAGAUGAUUUGCGCUGGAGAUGUUCAUGAGGGGCCAGACGUGUGUGCUGGAGAUAGUGGAGGACCUCUCUCGUGCUUAGAUAAUCAAUCCAACAAAAUAUUUGGAAUUAUUAGUUGGGGUGGGCAUUGUGAAAUGGCAAAAAAUCAGUCGCUUGGAGUUUACACGAGGGUAUCUCAGUACACCGAUUGGAUCAUAAGCUGCAUGAAUCAGUUCAGCCAGAGAUAUUGUUUGGAUCCCUUAAAGUUUAUGAAUAAAAACUCAAAUAUAGGUGAUUCCUUAAUUGUCACCGAUACCUUACCCAGUAAUAAUUUAACACCCCCACCGCCCACGCUAGUUGAAACAUCAGAAACAAUGAUAUCCGAGUCACCGUUAUACGUUGCAACUCCGGAUAAUUCUAUGGUAACUUAUAAAGUAUCUGAGCUUUAUCUGAAAAACCCUAGGCAAAUAUUAAACCAAAGGAGGUGUUCUUGCGAUUGGCAAAUUAUCGAAAUGAGCGGCGAUUCUAAUCUACAGCAGCAUAAAUGUGUAAGUCGAAGGCAAAAGGACAAAAUCUGGAUAGAUGCCAAGAGUUCCUGUCAAUCCAGAGAGGCGCAAUUGCUAACAUUGAAAUCGAUAGAGGAUAUUUAUUCUUUCGUGGAGAAGAUUGAUAAAUCUCACUUUCCAGUUUGGUUGGGUUUAUAUUACGAAGGAAAUGUUUUGAAUAACAAACAAAAUUUUCAUUGGGUUGAUGGGAGUCCAAUCAGUGAUGCCAUAUUUUCAAUCAUCGAAGCCGGGACAGAAAAUGAAAGAUGUUUUGUAUUGACUGUUGCCAAAAACGCUCCCACAAACGUCAAAUUUGUCAUACAAGCAAAAUCAUGCCAGGAUAUUGUUCCAUACAUAUGCCAAAUUAUAGAAAACCAAGGUUCUAUAGAAUUUGGUGAUUUCUUAAAACCCAAAACUCUAAAAUAUUGCGGCUCAUACACCAAACAUUCGCUAUCGUACACCAACCUAUCCAUCAGCAGCGAUCGUUCCGUAAUUUUGCAGAACGACGUUUUAAUAGAUUCUUUUUACGCUGUCAUACCGCAUUUGAUUAAUUGGAAUUCCGCCUAUUAUUACGACAUCUUGGAAUUCGAUUAUGCCGGCGUCUCGGCACCCAAUUUUCUUAAUCAAACAUUUUCCAGUUCUAUAUUAAAGGAGAAUGACGGAUCGGAUCAACAAUCCUUGCCAUCAGAAAGUUAUUUUCAAUCUGGGGGACUCAUUAUUGAUCCUGUAUAUGGAGAAAAUUUUGUCUCCACUCAGACCAUCAAAUCGUUCGAUAAGUCAGCUUCUAUCAUUAAUUCUUUCCCCAUAUACGGAGGUCAGAACGGAGGUAAAACUCUUGUUUUAUUCUCCACUAGUUCUUACCCAUAUCAAAUAACGGAUAUCGAUAUUCAUAUGCCGUCUAAGCAAUUAUACGCUUGCAAUAAGGCUAGUGGACAGAUAUUGGUUUACGAUUAUUUUGCCGAUCAAGGUGAAGUUUUAGCCAAGUUCUCACAUAUAUUUGGUCAAAAGAGGCAGUCCAUUAAUCGUGACACAAAUCAUCUUACGAAGCCUGCCAAUACAGAAGAUACCUGUGAUGAAUUUGGUGCUUUUGCCUAUCAAGACAAUUGUAUGAUUCAUAUAAUGCACGAUAAGUUAUACGUUAUAGAUCACUGCUCAGCCGAGUACCAAUUUUCUAGACUUCAAGUUUACAAUUCUCUUCAAAAUACAGAAUGUUCCAGGGAUAAGUAUGAUAAAAACGUCAUUUCGGCAAAAUACGUAGAUGACGGCCCUAUAGGUUUACACGUGAGUAAAGACAGAGUAUUUACAUCUCCCGUUCAAUCUACCUCAUACUCGGCCACGAUAAAUACCGUUUACAUUUUGUAUUGGAGCCAAAUUCAUGUAUACGAUCAUGUGACCAAACACAGCUCGCAGAAUAAUUUAGUCCUCGAGACUCUAUUCCAGCUUGUCACCAAAUACUCUAACCCCACAUUGCAUUUUGGACACCACGGGUUGACCAUUUGGAAUAACAAUUUAUUAGCCGUUUAUAACAAUGUUCGCGAUCAAAGAAAAAUCCUCGUUUUCGACUUGUUAUCAUCGUGA